CCUUCCUUCUCUCCGAAGUCAAGAGAGGCGUGCAGCGAGCAGGAGGCAGAGAAACACAGGUAGACGGUGAGUCCAAAGGAGCUGCUGAAGUCCACCACAGCAUCCCCAUGUUCUGAGGCAAGCACUGGGACUACUACUACUGCUGCUGCUGCUGUGUGAAGACUGAAGAUGGAAAUAGACUCUGCACAUUUUUCACGCAGCCCACAACGCAAAGAUGAUCUAAGGCCUACUUCAGAGCGCAGCUUCUACCUGAGCCCCCCUCCUCUGCUCAUCAAAGCCCCUAAGUUCCCCGGUACAGGCUUUCCCAGUGUUACACCCAGUGGAGCCAAUGCAUACAGCGUCUUUAGCCCACCUGCUUACUUCCCCAUGCUCGGGCUUUCUCAACGGGAGGCAACACAAACACGCAAGCAUUUUAAAACAGAAGCUAAAGAUGAGCGAGAAGACAAAACUGAAAACAAAAUGGGGGAAACAACUGUCUGGAGUCCGAUCAGCCCGCUGUCUCCAAAAUCAGGGAUGAUCGAGUUAAACAGACAUCAUAGUGAUUCAGUACAAGUCAAGCAAGAACCUAUAAGUCCAACUCCAAUAUGGCCGACAUCUCCUUACCUCCUUCAUCCCCCAUUCUUACCCCCGCUGCACCACAGUCUCCUCCCGUACCCUUACUAUUUACCAGGGACCUUCAUGCGCCUCUCCCCCAGCACGUUUUACCAGCGAGAAGACACCCGCCCCGCUCCCAAAACACGAGAUCUUGUACCUUCUCGCAACGUCCAACCAGCCACCAAUCCAGAGAAGCUCACCAUCAACGUCCACGUAGAUGAGAGUUACUAUGUCGAUGUGGGAGGAGACCAGAAGAGGUGGAAGUGCAGAAUGUGUGAGAAGUCCUAUACUUCUAAGUACAAUUUGGUGACGCAUAUUUUGGGGCACAAUGGGAUCAAACCACAUGGGUGCCAUCUGUGUGGGAAGUUGUUCAAACAGCUGAGUCACCUGCACACUCACCUCCUCACUCACCAGGGCAUGAGACCACACAAGUGCAAAGUCUGCCACAAAGCCUUCACCCAGACCAGCCAUCUGAAGAGACACAUGAUGCAGCACAGCGAUGUCAAACCCUACAGUUGCAGUGUGUGCGCUCGGGGUUUUGCAUAUCCCAGUGAGCUCCGAGCCCAUGAGCUGAAACAUGAGAAAGGCCAAGAGAACAUCUGUGUGGAGUGUGGCCUGGACUUCCCCACGCUGGCUCAGCUCAAGAGACACCUGACUGUGCACCGAGGACCCACGCUCUACAGGUGCUCUGAGUGCCAGAAGACGUUUCAGUAUCCAAGUCAGCUUCAGAAUCACAUGAUGAAACAUAAAGACAUCCGGCCGUACAUCUGCACUGAGUGUGGCAUGGAGUUCAUCCAGUCCCACCACCUCAAACAGCACACACUCACACAUAAAGGGGUGAAGGAGCAUAAGUGUCGUAUCUGCGGGCGUGAGUUCACCCUGCUGGCCAACAUGAAGCGUCACGUCCUGAUCCACACAAACGUCAGAGCCUAUCAGUGCCACAUGUGCUUCAAGAGCUUUGUCCAGAAGCAGACGCUCAAGGCCCACAUGAUCGUACACUCUGACAUCAAACCAUACAAGUGCAAGGUAUGCCAUGGACUUCUAUACUUUGUGGAAAAGUUUAACAGAAUGCACAACCUGAUGGGCCACAUGCACCUGCACUCGGACAGUAAACCCUUCAAAUGUCUGUACUGCCCCAGCAAGUUCACCCUGAAGGGAAACCUGACCAGACACAUGAAGGUCAAACACGGCAUCAUGGACCGAGGCCUGGACCAGAGAUUGUUCAGACAGAGAGGUAGAUUCUGCUUGCCCACCUCCGUCAGCCUGAUCUCCCACUUCAGCCAAGAGGAACCGUUCGACCUGUCCCAGAAGCCCUCGGGGGACCCAGGGCUGCAUUUGACCCAGUCCGAUGGAGAGAGCCUCCCUGGCAGCUCCGGACAAGAAGAGGAUGAAGACAGUCUGUACAGAAGAAGCCAGUACAGUCCUGAAGAAGCCCAGAACGAACCGAUGGAAGAGGAGAGUGAAGAGACAGACAAACAGCAACAAUUUAGAGCCAAUGAUUUUGUCGAGCUGGAGAAAACAUCUGGAAAGUAUAGAAAACCCUAUGAUGACGAAUUUACUGUAAAAACUGAGUCGAGUAGCCUGAGCAAAGGAGAGAGGAACCAAAACAGGCCAAAAAAGGGUGAGAGUGAUUACAUUAGUGUGUCGGUGGAAGUUGCAGGUAGACAGAAUGAGGAAGAAGACUGAAAAUGAGAGAAACAAGCAAAAAUGUGUGUGAGGAACAGAGGAGGUGAGGCAAUGUAGGUGUAUCAAACCAAAGAAAGGAAAAUAUCACGGGUUAAGUGUCACGGGUUCAUUUUAAAAAGCUGUGAAUUUGAUUGUAUUUUAUUUUUUUUUAUCAAUAGCAUCAAUAGAUUUUUUGGUUAAACUAACAUGCGAUCAAAACCCUUUUCACUGUAACCAGUUUUAUUUAAAGCUACCAUUUGUAUGUUUGUUUGAUUGUUUUUGACCAGCAGAUGGUAGAUGUGAAACCUGUUCCCCAUCCCCUCACCUGGCCUUUAUUCAGGCUUUGGUCAUCUUCUGUGAGACAAAAGCUGGAACAAUCAAACUGCAGUAAUGUAAAUAGCAUCUAGUGGUGAUAUGUGAAAAUACAGCGAAGACUGGGGGGAUUGGCUGAUGUAACUACAGAUGGUAGCUUUAAAGUGGGCAUGAAUAUUAUACUUUUUUAUCUGAUUGUUUGUAAUAAAAAAUAGUUGAUUAAUGAUUACUGAACAUAAUGUACUGUAAAUUGAUCUGUGAUGGGGCUGUGGUCAGAUUUUGAAUCAUGUCACUGAAUUACAAAUACAUUUUAAUUGUGAUCAUUUAGAAUAGUAAUAUAUUUAAUUAAUUAACUUAAUCAUGAUCAU